AUGGGAACAACUACAACAUUAGAAGCAUCAGUGCCAGAGGUGGGAGAGCACUGCCGAGUGAUAAUUCUCGUGAAGCAGUUUGGUCAUCGAUCAUCUGUUGUGUUUAAUUGCCUUCUUGAACGAUUGCAACGAGUACAACAUCUGCAGGUAUCAGACAAUCCAAAAAGAAUUUUUAGUGCCAAUUUUACGUCUACAACUAAUGCAAAUUUGAUCAAAUUCGGUGACCUGCAGGCUCAUCGACGUAUUAUUGCUUUCAUAGGUGUGAUUCAGGCGCCACAAGAAUCAGAGCAGCUACUUGAUUCUAGUGAUUUUAAAGAGCAUUAUGGCCUUUCAAGUUCAGCGUUACUUAAUCUUGAAAAGAUUAAGCAACAAUACGAAGUUGCAAAGGCUGAAUAUACUUCAACACUUGUCGAUUCACGGUGCAUUGCUAUUGGAUACCCGAAAGAAGCACUAGAAGGAUUCUGUUCUUCUAGAGAAUUAUUCUGCUUUAAAACUCUCGAUAGCGCUGAUGCUUUGGAAGUAGGUAUACGAGAUUUCUUACGUUCCAUUUAUUAUGUUUUGGAAAGCCGACGACUUGAUCUUUCUUUUGAAAAAUUGGAAUGCCCAUCAUGUCCCAGUCUUAUUGAUGAGCAGAAAUAUCGUCAAGGUUUGGAAAAUAAAAAUAGCAAGAUUUACAGAAAAAAAUGCAUCGGUCGUCUUCGAAAGCAGGUUGCUGAUUACACACUUUUAACUGGUUUACCGACUCUUGCAAUGGAUUCUUACCAGUCAGCAAUCGAAUGUCUUAAACAAGCUAAUGAUUUGCUCUGGCUUGCUGCUGCUUAUGAAGGUUGGUCAUGUGCAGCAAUGGCAGUAAAGUAUGAUUUAACAAAGGAAUAUUCGUCGUUUAGUGGGAUGCAGCGAUUUUUAUCACUGAAACCCGAACUAAUUUAUUCGUCUCAUGUACCAAACCAACACGGUACCGGUGUUUCUGUUGGCCAUCAUAGACGUCGAUCAGAUGACCAGUACUCAUUAAAAAUUCCUUCUACAUCAGCUGAGUCACAGAUUUCUAAUGAACAACAAAGUCGAUCUUUUCGAUUACGAUGGAAUGAACCUACUCAUACUAACAGGUCAGGAAAGUGUGGAAUCAGUCAUACAGAGAUUGUUGAGAAAUUCAAAUCUGCUUUGGAAAGUUAUAAAAGAUUUUCAUUCGCAGUUUGGAUUGAAUAUGAAUGCAUGAUGAAAGCUGCAUCAGUUUUCCGAUAUCAGAGAUUAUAUGUUGAGAUGGAAGAUUUCAUGAGAGAACGAAUUGCAAACUAUCUUGAUGUCGGCUUCAGUUUAUUUGAUCAUUUCACAAAAGCAAUCAUAUGUCUCAAUUCCGCAGAAGUAUAUCGUAAAAUUGGUUUCAAUCGUAAAUAUGCAUUCUUUGCCCGCUUAGCAGUUUUGUUCCGCUUACAUACUGCAGAUAAUAAAGAUCGUACUGUUGCGGACUAUCGACAAAUAUAUCCUAUUUUAUAUAGAACAUUGGUCGGUUAUGGAUUACCAGAAAACCCAAAGGAUUUUUCGGGUGAUUUAACGCAAUUAGGACCAGUGCAUAUUCAAAGGAGAGCUCUGAGUGAAGUAUUAAUAAGCGCAUUACGUGCUGAAUAUUAUGAUGUUGCUAUACGUCAUGUAUGUUAUAUUUUACAGGUAUAUUAUGAUUCUAUGGAUAAAGAAGUAUCUACUCGAAUGUUUGAUGAAUUAAAAAAUUUAGUGGCAUCUCGUAGUGUCCAACACCAACUUAAUCAACAUAUUUCAUUGCCGCAACAUAAUCUUAUUAUUCCGCCAGUGCAAAUGAUGCGCUUUCCAAAGCUUGAGAAGUUUGCAAUUUGCCCUCUUCCUGGGCAUCUUGCUGCUAGAAUUAUUCGACCUAAACUCCAGUCCGAUAUAUUCAUAUAUUCUCCUUUUCAACGUGAAGUUGCUUCAAAAGUUACCUGGAUUCGGGACUGCGCUUGUGAGGUUUCCGUAUCAGUUAAUAAUUGUCUACCUUUUGAAUUAUCUGUAUUCAAUUUAACUUUGCUCUCUGAAGGAUGUGCUUUUGAGCCGAUUCCAGUGCGACUUAUUUUAGCUCCUUCUGAUGUUAAUACUGAGUCUGUAGAUAUCAAACUUAUCGGAGUUCCUAGAGAAUCAGGACGGCUCACUAUUACUGGUUAUUCAUGCGAAGUCCUUGGUGUUCGUAAUGUUUGCAGAUUGCGUGAUUUGCCGCAGCGAAUGAAGUCAAAAGCUUAUCAUUCUUCUGUGUUUGAUAUUGAGGUGCUGCCAGCUUUGCCUGUUCUCGAGCUGGAAACGUCAUUAAACCGUGCUCCCAUCUCUGAAGAAGAUAUUGAACCAACUGCCGAAAUAACAGUUUAUUCCGGCCAAACUUUCGAACAUAGUGUAUCAUUAGUCAAUACGAGUGAAAAUAUAGCAGUUCGAAAUGUCAAGCUAAUUGUUCAGCAGCCCAAGGUUUGUGGUGGUCCUUGUAUGAUUGAAAUUGUGAACGCUGAAUGGUUAGAGGAUGAUGAAAGCAGUAGUUGUUUGAAACGCAUUGAACCAUUGGAAAGAAAACAAAUAAAAUUCAGAAUUUUCGGAAUAGACCCCUCAGCAACAGCGAAAGAUUAUUUGCAAGAAAGCAACAAUGAGAUGAUGUUCAUGAGUGAAGAGACUUCAUCUGCUGAAGAAACGCACGAUCGAAUACCAUUUACUGGAAGACUUUUGACUUGUGAAUUCGUAUUUUAUUAUCAAGCCGAUAUUGAUGGGCCUAACGGAGAACACUAUGAAAGACGAUGUCGUUUACCUCUGGCAGUAUCGAUCGUUCCCGCGGUAACAGUUUCUGCUUGGCAUGUAUUACCAGGUGAUGGACCAACAACGAGAUAUGUGGUAGUGGAUGUGACAAAUAAUACUGAGUGGGAUGCUGAAUUGACAUAUGGAAAAGAAAGAGUAAUUAACGUUCAACCGAAAGAAUUUUGCAGGGUACCACUACUAUGUGAAUGCUGUUCUGAAGUAGCAUCAAAUGCAUUUCAAGAAGCAGCUAGUCGUGCAUCUCAUAUGAUGCAAAUGCAAGAGAUGGAGCGUUUGCGAAGAAUUUUAGAACGUCAUGUGUCUUGGCAUUUGGAUAUUCGCUGGUCCAUUUCAAGUUCAGGUCUUUCUGGAUCAGUACCUGUCGGACCUUUGCUCUCUUCUGUAUCACUGCUGAAACAGCUUGUUAUACCGAUCAUUUCAGUUCAUGUCAGUGUCAAUGGAAUACCAUAUUUAAGUGAAGAUGAGGUCACUCUUGGUAUAGGUGAAAUAGCCGAGCUGAGUUUGACUUUCCUUACUCCUACAAAUGAUGCACGCUCUUUUGAUGGAUCACUACAGCUUCAGUGCUAUCGUGAUUCACAAAACGGUUCCUAUAUCAAAAGUCAGGAUAAUAUGAUUGUACUGAAUAGAGAAAGUAUUCCAUUUCAAUUAGUCCAAGAAGAAGAAGCAGAUGAAGAGCGAAAUGUGUUAACUGUAGAUGCUGUUUCAGUCGAAAAUGAUUAUGCACCACAACCAGUAGUUAAUUUAAAUAAUGAGGGUGCAAAACGUGUGAUAAUACGAGAAACAUUUCACGCUGAUUUUCAACUGCUGUUUCGUUGUGAAGGAGCUCAUAAAGUGAGGCCGCUUAUAAUUUUGAGUGAAAAGUCGUCAACGAUCUCUCCAGAUGAAAUAUUUUGCUGUGCCAUUUCAUUCAAUAUAAUUACAAAGGUUCUGUAG